AUGGCAUACCGCUCAUCUCCUAGUCACUGCAUCCUUAUAACAGACAGUAUUGAACUCUCCGGCCUCCCCGGCGGUAUUUACCCAGGGCACGCCCAAAUUCCACAUAACCAACAGAAAACCGGAAACAAAGUAUCGAUUAAGGGCACCGACACCCUUAUCGGGACCUGCAUCGGGCUCGACGAGUGCGUACGGAACCUCAUGGCAUGGGCCAAAAUUCCCAUCGAAGAAGCAGUCAUGUGUGUCACGGAAAACGUCGCCUCGGCCACGGACCUGCACGAUCGAGGGAGAUUAGAGGCUGGCCGGCGUGCGGACUUUGUGGUAUUGGGCGAGGAUGGGGAGGUGGCAGCGACUUGGGUUUUGGGGAAGAGAGUCGUGUGA